UCGUACCGCAAAAUCGGUCUCGAAAGCUGCCUCCUAAAGACAGUGACCCUCCUUGUCGAGCCUCGUCUCUGCGCGUGGGGAGAGGGUAGCCACGGAUUUCCUGAUGAACAUAACGGCUUCCGCACGGGGCACAGAACGGAAAAUAAUACAUUUGUCCUCAAAGUGGUCAUCGAGCAGGCCCGCGCAAUGAAUGAGCCACUACACACUGUCUUUGUACAUGCCUCUGAUGCA